AGCAGGUGGAGGCGGGAGGGCGGUGUGAGGGUGGAGGUGGUGGGGGGAAGAGCCCGGGAGGCGCUGCCAAUGGAAACAGCACACACGAGGAGCGUCGAGCCAGAGAGCCGCGUCGCCUCCAUGUCAGGUCCACUCACCUGCAAGGUGCGCAACGAAGAUGAUGGCCAUGAACGGCAAGCAGCACUUCUCCAUGCACCCUGCGCUGCACCCGGGCUCCGAGGGCAUGCGGCGGGUGUGCCUGCCUGCCCCGCAGCUCCAGGGCAAUAUAUUCAGCGGCUUUGAUGAGAGUCUGUUGGCCCGCGCAGAAGCUCUGGUGGCGGCUGACAUCGUGUCUCACGGCAAGAGUCACCCUUUCAAGACGGACGUCACCUACCAUACCAUGAGCAGCGUGCCCUGCACCUCCUCUUCGUCCACAGUGCCCAUAUCCCACACUUCAUCCAACCUGCCCUCGCACCACCACCACCACCACCUCAGCCACCAGAGCCUGGAGGGGGAUCUGCUCGACCACAUUUCCUCCAGUUUAUCGGUCAGCGGCAUGGGUGCGCCGCCGGACCCGUCGGUGAUGACCACUCAAGCCCACCAGCACCACCUGCAAAUGAGUCACUUACACCAAGCCAUGGCCAUGGGCCACCCGCACACCCUGUCGGUCCACAACGGGAUGCCGUGCGUCAACGACGUGGAGUCCGAUCCCAGAGAGCUGGAGGCGUUCGCGGAGAGGUUCAAGCAGCGGAGGAUAAAGCUCGGAGUGACCCAGGCGGAUGUGGGCUCUGCCCUGGCCAACCUGAAGAUCCCGGGGGUCGGCUCGCUGAGCCAAAGCACCAUCUGCAGGUUCGAGUCCCUAACCCUGUCCCACAACAACAUGAUCGCUCUCAAACCCGUCCUCCAAGCCUGGCUGGAGGAGGCUGAAGCGGCUUACCGGGAGAAAAACGGCAAACCAGAGCUUUUUAACGGGAAUGAGAGGAAACGAAAGCGCACGUCCAUCGCGGCUCCGGAGAAGCGAUCGCUCGAGGCGUACUUCGCCAUCCAACCGCGACCGUCGUCGGAGAAAAUCGCGGCUAUCGCCGAGAAGUUGGAUCUAAAGAAGAACGUGGUUCGGGUUUGGUUCUGUAAUCAACGACAAAAACAGAAAAGGAUGAAAUAUGCAGCAGUCCACUAGUGCUGUUAGAGCAAAGUAGACAUUUUAGGAACACCACAGGGAUCUAAAGCUUUUCUUUGAAUCAUUAGAAACCUACUCCAAGUAGCCUACUACAUUUGGUGUCGCCUCCAACUGAUGGAGCCAGUGUGCGAAUUAUUCCAGGGG